UAUCUGGCAGACUCAAAACCCUCAAACCCGAUAAAACCUUCUCCAGUCUCCCCCAAAUUCCCCCAAAUUCGGAAAGUGUAGCCCCAAAUUCCCAAACCCUAGCCCUAAUUAAUGGCCGCGGCCGUAGCUCCUCCUCUCCGGAAUCGGCAAGGCCCAAACCGCGGGCUUGACGAUGACAACCUGGUGUUCGAGACGAGCGCAGGAGUCGAGGCGAUCACGAGCUUCGACAAGAUGGGGAUUCGCGAUGAUUUGUUGAGAGGGAUCUACGCGUACGGAUUCGAGAAGCCCUCGGCGAUUCAGCAGAGGGCUGUGAUGCCGAUCGUCAGCGGUCGAGAUGUGAUCGCUCAAGCUCAGUCUGGGACCGGGAAGACCUCCAUGAUCGCUCUCUCGGUUUGUCAAAUGGUGGACACGACCUCGAGAGAAGUACAGGCACUAAUUCUUUCACCCACGAGAGAACUUGCCACUCAGACUGAGAAAGUAAUAUUGGCUAUUGGUGAUUACAUAAAUGUACAAGCCCAUGCAUGCAUUGGUGGGAAGAGCAUAGGAGAAGAUAUCAGGAAACUGGAAUAUGGUGUUCAUGUGGUUUCAGGAACACCUGGGAGAGUUUGUGACAUGAUUAAGAGAAGGACCUUGCGUACAAGAGCGAUUAAAAUUUUAAUCCUUGAUGAAUCUGAUGAAAUGUUGAGCAGAGGUUUUAAGGAUCAGAUAUAUGAUGUCUACAGAUAUCUUCCCCCAGACCUUCAGGUUGUUCUGAUAUCUGCAACACUUCCUCAUGAAAUAUUGGAGAUGACUGGCAAGUUUAUGACUGAUCCUGUAAGAAUACUUGUCAAGCGUGAUGAGUUGACACUGGAGGGUAUCAAACAGUUCUUUGUUGCUGUUGAGAGAGAAGAAUGGAAAUUUGACACGCUUUGUGAUCUCUAUGACACCCUAACCAUCACCCAAGCUGUUAUAUUCUGCAACACAAAAAGAAAGGUUGACUGGUUGACAGAAAAGAUGCGCAGCAACAACUUCACAGUCUCUGCUAUGCAUGGGGACAUGCCUCAGAAGGAGCGUGAUGCAAUUAUGGCAGAGUUCAGGUCGGGUGCUACUCGGGUGUUGAUCACCACAGAUGUGUGGGCUCGAGGCAUUGAUGUUCAACAGGUGUCCCUCGUGAUAAAUUAUGAUCUCCCAAACAAUCGAGAGCUCUACAUACAUCGAAUUGGUCGAUCAGGGCGUUUUGGGCGUAAGGGUGUUGCCAUAAACUUUGUAAGGAAGGAUGAUAUCAGGAUCCUUAGAGAUAUUGAGCAGUAUUACAGUACUCAGAUUGAUGAAAUGCCGAUGAAUGUGGCCGAUCUUAUUUAAGGACUCGGAAGGAAUCAUAAUCUGUUGUCUGAAAUGCCUCCAAUGUUACUUCUUGGCUCUCUUAAUCUUGUGGAGUUUGCUGUCUGCUAGUGAUGAUAAGAUUUGCGCUGGCUUGUCUCGAAGUGUUUGUGUCUAAGAAGCAACUUAGCAGUGCUGUGGCUUGCUAAUUUGUGGGGGAUUUUGUGUGGCUUGCUUGUCUCUGAUGCGCGGAUGAUCCUGUUUGGUUCCGUUACGGGUGCUCUUAUUUGACUUUAGGGUCUGUAAUUUGCUGAUGGUGAUUAAAGAUUCAUGAUUUUAACUGUUUUGUUUAAAAUAUUUAUAUGAGCUUUUGGCAUGAGGCUUCUGCUUGUGGAGUGCUUUAUCAA